GUUCCUUCACCGCCUUGUCAGUGUGGCCGCCAUCAAUUUAACUCAAGUUUAUCGAAAACAUUUAGAAAAAUCGGUAAUAAAUUCAUAAAUCAUUUCGGUGCUACAACUGUCAAUGGUACUCUUGGAGAAGAUAUUCUUUUAGCAGGCGGGAUAAAAUCUGACCAAAUAUUCGGUCUUAUACUUUCUGAAAAUGGAUUUUUUAAUUUUGCUCCAUAUGAUGGUGUAUUUGGUUUGGGUUUUGAUAGUGUUAGUAAUUUCAAUACUACAUCACCUUUUUCAAAAAUGGUUAAACAAAAGGCCGUAAAAAAUCCUUAUUUUGGUUUUCAUAUAAGUCGUAAGGAUGUAGGGGGAACAUUAACUCUUGGCGACAUUGACACAACUAAAUUCACCGGAAAACUUAGUUACAACAAA